AUGACUGAACGGACAGAGUCAAGCUCACAGCAGAUCCCCGCUCCGCCGGGGUCAGAGGUCAACGAGCAGCAGGUUGUGCUGGGUUUCUGUGAGGACAAAGCAGCUGGUUGCCAUGGUGAAGAGGUGGCAAAGGGCGGAGCUAAAUACACAAACAAAUAUGACCAGGACAACAGGUGCGACCACCCGGUGGACGGCGCAGGGCUUCUCUCCUUCAUGACAUUUCAUUGGCUGACUCCUCUGGCCAUGUGCGCUCGCAGAAAAGGACAACUCCUAUUGGAGGACAUCUGGCCUGUGGCACCGCGGGAGCGUUGCCGUGACAACAGCAGGAGGUUGAAGAGUCUGUGGGAGGAAGAGCGGAUGUCAAAGGGUAGCGAGGCGUCCCUGUGUUCGGCGGUUUGGUUGUUCUGUCGGUCUCGUCUCCUUCUGUCCAUCCUCUGUCUCACCGUCACUCAGCUCGCUGGAUUCAGUGGACCAGCGUUUGUGGUGAAGCGCCUCUUGGACUACAGCCAGGAGGAGGAGUCGGACCUGGUCUAUGGGCUUCUACUGGUUCUGGGGCUCCUCACCAUGGAGCUGAUGCGGUCCUGGUCUCUGGCUCUGACCUGGGCCCUGAAUUAUAGGACUGGCUGCAGACUAAGAGGAGCUAUCCUCAGCCUAGCCUUCGAGAAGAUCCUGCAGCUGCGCAGCGUCAAGGACAAGUCCGUGGGUCAGCUGGUGAACAUGUGUUCCAGUGACGGUCAGAGGAUGUUUGAUGCUGCCGCAGUGGGCAGUUUGUUAGCAGGCGGGCCCCUCCUGGCUGUGCUCGGUGUUGCCUACAACUUGUACAUCCUGGGACCAACGUCUCUCCUGGGAUCUGCUGUCUUCAUCCUCUUCUACCCCACGAUGAUGUUCAGCUCCAGAAUGACGGCGUACUUCAGGAGGAAAGGUGUGGGCGUCACCGACAGACGAGUGCAGAAAAUGAACGAGAUCCUCAGCUACGUCAAGUUCAUCAAGAUGUACGCUUGGGUCAAAGCCUUCUCCGAGGACGUCCGAAGGAUCCGGUGCGAGGAGCGGAGGUUACUGGAGCUCACAGGUUACUUCCAGAGCAUCACGGUGGGCGUGGCUGCAAUCGUUGUUGUCAUUGCCAGCGUGGUAACUUUCUCCGCCCACAUGUUGCUGGGAUAUGACCUGACAGCCGCUCAGGCCUUUACUGUAGUGACGGUGUUCAACGCCAUGACCUUUGCUCUGAAAGUGACUCCAUUUUCUGUGAAGUCUCUAUCGGAAGGCUCAGUGGCCAUGGAAAGAUUUAAGAGUCUCUUCUUGUUGCCGGAGGUUGCCAGUGUCCGGGCAUCACCCAGCGACCCUCAGGUUGUCGUAGAAAUGCGAGGUGCUACUCUGGGGUGGGAGGGGGUUGGACAAAGCACUCAGGCCAGUCCAUGUGUCCAAGCAACUGGGAGAUACCGGCAGAGCAACAAGUGUAGAGACACAGGUGUCCUUCAGGAUGUUGAGGAACAGGAAGAGGUGACCGGUUCUUUGCUGGGAGGAAGAGACCAGGUCUCAAGUCCUGAGGAAGAACAUGGAGAGGAGGAGAGUUGUCCCCCUCUUCUGGCUGUCCCCCGUGUCUCUCAGCGCCUUCAUUGCACCUUGUACUGUAUUGACCUGAGCAUCCAGCAGGGAAAACUGCUGGGUGUCUGUGGGAGUGUUGGCAGUGGAAAAACCUCCUUAAUCUCAGCCAUCCUCGGACAGAUGACCAUGCUGGAGGGCACCGUGGCAGUCAGAGGAAGGUUGGCUUAUGUGGCUCAGCAGGCGUGGAUCCUGAAUGCAACACUGAGAGACAACAUCUUGUUUGGACAGGAGUACCAUGAAGACAGAUAUCAGUCCGUCCUCAGUGCUUGCUGUCUUAGACCGGACCUCAACCUGCUGCCCAACACUGACCUCACAGAGAUUGGGGAGCGCGGGGCCAACCUGAGCGGCGGGCAGCGGCAGAGAAUCAGCUUGGCCCGUGCCCUCUAUAGUGACAGGGACGUCUACAUCCUGGAUGACCCUCUUAGCGCUCUUGAUGCCCACGUGGCAAAUCACAUCUUCCAUCAUGCCAUCAAGAAGCAUCUUAACAACAAGACCAUCGUCUUCAUCACCCACCAGCUGCAGUACUUGGCAGACUGUGAUGACAUCAUCCUGAUGAAGGAAGGGGCCAUUGUGGAGCAGGGUAACCACGACAACCUGAUGAAACUGAACAGAGACUACACAGCGAUGUUCAACCACUUCCAGCUGGGAGACCCACCAUACUUUGAGAUUCCCUGCAGGAAGAACAGCAGCUCUCAGAGAAAACCAGCAGAUAGUAAACCUGGAUCAGUGAGGAAGAGCACGCCAGUCAUCAAGGACAAUGGGGAGGAGCAGCAACCCAGGGGCGUGGCCUGGCCUGUGUUUCGUAUUUACAUGACAGCGUGCGGAGGCUCCACCCCCUGCCUGCUGAUCCUGGUCCUGUUUGUUCUAAAUGUGGGAAGUGCCGCCUUCUGCCACUGGUGGCUCAGCUACUGGAUCAACCAGGGCAGUGGGAACACCACGGUGACCAUGGGCAGCUCAGCUGUCAGCAUCAGCAUGAAGGACAAUCCCAAGAUGCAACAGUACACCACCAUUUACGCCACCUCCAUGGGAGUCAUGCUGCUCUUCAAACUUCUCAGAGGAAUCGCCUUCGUUAAGGUCACCCUGCGAGCAUCCUCUAAGCUCCAUGACCAGCUCUUCCAUAAGGUCAUCCGCUGCCCCAUGAAGAUCUUUGAUACAACCCCAACUGGACACAUCCUCAACCGUUUCUCCAAGGACAUGGACGAAGUCGACACCCGUCUGCCCUUCCAGGCAGAGAUGUUCAUUCAGAAUGUGAUCCUGGUCUUCUUCUGCCUUGGAGUCAUCAGCUGGGUUUUCCCAUGGUUCUUCGUUGCCGUGGUUCCUCUGGUUGUUCUCUUUUCUGUGCUCCACAGCAUCUCAAAGGUCUUCAUUCGGGAGCUGAAGCGUCUGGACAACAUGACCAUGUCACCCUUCAUGUCCCACAUUACCUCCAGCAUCCAGGGCCUGACCACGCUGCAGGCCUAUGGCAGGGGUCAGGAUUUCCUGCACAGAUACCAGUUUUUGCUGGAUCAGAACCAGGCUCCAUUUUACCUAUUCAGCUGUGCGAUGCGUUGGCUGGCGGUGCGUCUGGAUGUCAUCAGCGUGGCUCUGAUUAGCACAACCGCCCUGAUGAUGGUCCUGAUGCACGGAAAGAUCCCCCCUGCCUAUGCCGGCCUCGCCAUCUCCUACGCUGUGCAGCUAACAGGCCUGUUCCAGUUCACGGUUCGCCUGGCCUCUGAGACCGAAGCCCGCUUCACCUCUGUAGAGAGAAUCCAUCACUACAUCCAGUCUCUGUCCCAGGAGGCCCCGGCCCGGGUUAAAGAUCGCUCCCCUCCUCCUGACUGGCCCCAGAAGGGAGAGCUGGAGUUCAGGGAUGUUGAGAUGAAGUACCAGGAGAACCUCCCUCUGGUCCUAAACAAGGUUUCUUGUACCAUCCGUCCCAAGGAGAAGGUUGGGAUUGUGGGCAGAACUGGAUCAGGAAAGUCGUCUCUGGGCGUGGUCUUGUUCCGGCUGGUUGAGCGCUGCGGAGGCUCCAUCCUGAUCGAUGACAUCGACAUCAGUGACAUCGGAUUGGCCGACCUGCGCAGCAAACUGUCCAUCAUCCCGCAGGACCCGGUGCUGUUCAAUGGGACGGUCAGGUCAAACCUCGAUCCUUUCAACCAGUACAGCGAGGAAAAGAUGUGGGACGCUUUGGAGAGGAGCCACAUGAAGGAGUGUGUGUCCCAGCUGCCUCAGAGGUUGGACUCGGAGGUGAUGGAAAACGGAGAGAACUUCUCGGUGGGAGAAAGGCAGCUGCUGUGUGUGGCCAGAGCUCUGCUGAGACAGUGCAAGGUGCUAAUUCUGGACGAGGCCACCGCAGCCAUGGAUGCAGAGACAGAUGCUCUGAUCCAGGAGACAAUCAGGACUUCGUUUCAGGACUGCACCACCCUGACCAUCACUCAUCGUCUCCACACCGUCCUGUCCGCCGACCGUAUCAUGGUGCUAAACAGAGGACAGACCUCCAGGAUGUACACCGUGCCGCUGUAUGAGGACCUGGUUUCCGGGGUGAUGAAGUGCGUUGCCGUGGAGAUCUUCUACCAGACGCAGCGCCGCCUGCACCCAAACCUCAGACGAACGUUGCAGCAGAUCCUGUUCCCAAACAACUCAGUACCAAUCAAUCAGAACAGCCUGGCGCUGCCCACUGCGGGUGGCCCCGCCCCCUCUAGUUCACCGCCUCAAACUGCUGCUACCACCGCCGCUGCUACUGCCGGGAAGACCGCCGCCAUUGCGCUGCGGGACGUGAACGUCUCUGCGUGA